UUUUUUGUGUCUUUUCGAGAGCCCCCGCCAGUUCUGCCCUAAAUCAGUGAAUCUCUGAAUCGAUUUCCAAACUGUCUCGCAUUUCCAGCACUCCCCAUGCUCGCUCCCUCCCAGCAUUUUCUUUUCGUGGAAACCCACUCCAUCCCCCUCUCUGCCCUAAGUCCUCGAUUUACUGGUUAAGAAUUGGAAUCCCAGAAAACAAAAACAACGAAAACUCGCUGCACUGCUCUCCGGGUAUGGCGGAGUCCAGCAAGUCAUCGAAUUCAGAAAUCACCAAUGUUGACCGCGUGAGGAACUUGAAUGUUUCCCUCCUGGAUAAAAGGGAAAAUGUUAUGGAAAUUCUAUAUGGGAAAGAUGGUAGUGAAAGUGCCGAAGAACCGAAGGUUGGAAUGAGUUUUUCAUCUGAAGAAGAAGUCAGGUUAUAUUAUAUGAAGUAUGCUAAGCAAGUAGGGUUCGGUGUAUCAAAAAGAAGUUCUAAACCUGGAGAUAAUGGGAAGUUGAGAUAUUUUACCCUUGCAUGUGUUCAACAAGGCACGCCAAAGAGCAACGCAUCCAAUAUUCUUAAACCAAGAGCAGUAGAAAAAAUGGGGUGCAAGGCCAAGAUCAAUGCGGCUUUAACUCUUGAUGGAAGGUUUACUUUGUCUACCGUUGUGCUUGAACACACGCAUGCUUUGAGUCCAGGAAAAGCAAUAUUUUUUAGAUGUCAUAAGAGGUUAGGUUCUAAAGCAAAGAGAAAGCUUGAACCCAAUGAAAUAUCUGGAGUACAUACAAGUAAGAACUUUAAAUCACUUGUUGAAACGAAGAGUUCUGAGAAUCUUCCUCUUGAAGAGAAAGAUUACCAGAUUGACAAAACAAGGCAGCAUCAGCUAGGAGUGGGAGGUAGCGAAGCUCUUCGUAACUUCUUCAUUAGAAUGCAACAAAAAAAUGACCAUUUUUUCUACGUGAUGGACGUGGAUGAUGAAUGCCAAGUGAGAAAUGUGUUUUGGGCAGAUGCACGAUGUAAAGCUGCAUAUGAAUCUUUUGGAGAUGUAAUAACAUUUGACACAACAUACUUGACCAAGGCAUAUAAAAUUCCACUUGUAUCUUUCAUGGGAGUGAAUCAUCAUGGCCAGUUGAUUCUUUUUGGGUGUGGAUUAAUAUUAAGUGAGGAUACAAAUAGUUUUGUAUCGUUGUUUGAAUCAUGGUUGAGAUUUAUGAAUUGUCGAGCUCCCAAUGCAAUAAUUACAGAUCAAGAUAAAGCACUGCAAAAUGCAAUAGCAAGGGUUUUCCCAAGAGCUCAACAUAGAUUUUGUUUGUGGCAAAUCAUAAAAAGACUUACAGAAAAUUUUGGAGCACACUCCCAAUACGAAGCCAUUAAGAGCAGUCUACAAAGCUGUGUAUAUGACUCUUUAAGUCCUGAUGAAUUCGAAGAAAGUUGGCAAAAAUUACUUGAGAGGUAUAAUCUUCAUGAUAAUGCUUGGUUGAAUUUGCUAUAUGGUGACCGACAUCUUUGGAUACCAUCAUACUUGAAAAAUACAUUUUUGGCCGGGAUGUGUACAAUACAACGGGGUGAAGGUAUGAAUUCUUUCUUUGAUGAUUAUAUGAACUCAAAGACCACGUUGAAACAAUUUUUUGAGCAGUAUGAUAAUGUCUUGAGGAGAAAGGUUGAGAAUGAGAUUACAGCUGAUUUCAAUUCUUUUAGUACACAAAUUCCUUGUAUAACCCAUUAUUCUAUUGAGAAGCAAUUGCAAGAAGUUUAUACCAUCACAAAGUUCAAAGAAGUUCAAGAUGAGUUUAGGGGAUUUUUAUAUUGUGUUGCAUCUUUGCCAACAUGUGAAGGUUCAAUUCAUUUGUAUCAAGUGACUGAUGAGAUAAAAGUUGAUGGAUUCAUAAAACGUGCAAAAUUUUGUGUUGCCUUCAAUGAAGAUAAUUCUGAAGUGAAAUGCACUUGUAACUUGUUUGAGUUCAAAGGAAUCCUAUGUAGACAUGCUCUUCGUGUGUUGACCAUGUUAGAUAAAGACUUGUCAUCAAAAUACAUUUUGGAUCGGUGGAGGAAGGAUUUGAAACGAAAAUAUAAUUUUGUUAAGAGCAGUUAUGAUGAUUUAAGUGGGAAUCUAGAAGCACAAAGAUAUGAUAAGCUGACUAAGUCAUUUUUUGAAGUAGCAUUGAUUGCAUCAAAAAGCGAGGAAGCUUGCAUGAAGUCGAUUAGUCAUGUAAGUAGAUUGAAGGGGGAAUUGUUUCAUCAUGGGUCAAGUUGUGAUAGCAAUACACCCUCCCAUCACCUCCCAGGUGCUUCCCUCGGGAUUUCAAAGCAGGCACCAUAUCAUACAUCGGAUGUUAUGGAUCAGGAUGGUGGAAUGUCCACUACAAAUCAAGAUGUGCAUGUUAAUAUUCGAACAAAUUUUAGACGGAUGGGAGAAGUUGAAACGCCCAUUUUUAAAUAGGGGCACUUCCGUCGUUUCCUCUCUCUCCAUUCCAUUUUCUUCUCCCCUCCCUUCGUUCCUUCUCCCUCUCCAUUUUCUGCAAUUUCUUCUCCUCUCCCGUCGAUACUUGUGGUCUCCUC